AUGACGCGUUGGCUUAUCAUCAUUUUGCUUAUACAAGGGUUUGUACCACUCAAAUACAGCUUUUACGUGCCAGGGGUUGCACCAGUUGAAUUUCGAGUUGGUGAUCCAAUAGAAGUGAAGGCAAUAAAAAUAACUUCAACGAAGACAGUUGUCCCAUAUGAAUAUUAUUCUUUACCAUUCUGCAAACCAGUUGGUGAAAUUCAUUAUAAAUCCGAAAAUCUUGGUGAGGUGAUGCGUGGCGAUCGAAUCGUUAACACUCCUUUCCAGGUGUUUAUGCGAAAAGAUCUUGAAUGCAAUUCAACGUGUGCCCUUCAUCCAAAGCUAACGAUUACUGAAGAAGAAUCAGUGAUUUUAGCGAAAAGAAUUCGAGAAGAAUAUCACGUACAUCUCUUGGUCGACAACUUGCCUUGCGUGACAAAAUUUGAAGUGGAACAGAGUGGUGAGAUAAUGCACGAGCAUGGUUAUCGGUUGGGAUGGGUCGAUAAUGGUCGUUAUUUUGUGAAUAAUCAUCUUGAUAUCAUACUCAGCUAUCAUCAGCCUGCACCUGAUAUAUACCGAGUGGUUGGAUUUGAUGUACAACCGAAAAGUAUUGAUAGUAGCGCAUUCAAAUUCGCUGAAGGAGGUUGUUCAGUGACAGAAACAGCUGAACACCAGGAAGUGAAGAAAGGUCAGAAUCUAGUGGCCUGGACAUAUUCCGUACACUGGAAAGAAAGUGAUGUGCCGUGGGCGAGUCGCUGGGAUACGUAUUUGUCGAUGAAGGAUGUACAAAUACAUUGGUUCUCGAUUUUGAAUUCAAUUAUCGUCAUUGUUUGUCUUUCUGGUUUCCUGAGCAUGAUAAUUGUUCGUACAGUUCGUCGUGAUAUUGCGCAAUACAACAAAGAUGAAGAAGCAAGCAAAUCGAGAAUACAACCAAGUCUGUGUGCUCUGAAAUGUCUUGAGAAGCAAAAGGAGAAAAGAAUUUUCGAUAGUAAUAUUAAUGGUGUUGAGGAUGAUACAUUGGAAGAAACAGGAUGGAAAUUGGUUCAUGGCGAUGUGUUUCGUCCGCCGCCGAACGCGAUGUUGUUGGUGAAUUUUAUCGGUACAGGUAUUCAGCUGGUAGGUAUGGUAGCAAUAACUGUCUUCUUCGCAAUGCUCGGUAUGCUAUCACCUGCGAGUCGUGGAUCGCUGAUGUCAGCUGCAAUAUUCUUGUAUUGUUUCAUGGGGCUGAUCGCUGGAUAUCAUGCGGGACGUCUUUAUAAAACAUUGAAAGGUAAUCAACCGAAACGUUGUGCUGUACAAACAGCACUGUUGUUCCCAUCGGUUGUACUUGGCGUAGGAUUUGUUCUGAAUUUCUUCUUGAUUGGCAAGCACUCAUCUGGUGCGGUACCGUUUACGACGAUGAUUGCAUUGUUAUUGCUUUGGUUCGGUAUUGAUCUGCCGCUCGUUUUUGUUGGCUUUCAUUUUGGUUAUCGCAAGCAGAUGUAUUCGCACCCAGUGCGUACAAAUCAAAUUCCUCGUCAAGUACCAGAUCAACCAUGGUAUUUGCACACUUUUCCGUGUAUGCUUUUGGCUGGAAUUCUUCCUUUUGGGGCUGUCUUCAUUGAGCUUUUCUUCAUCUUUUCGGCUAUCUGGGAGAAUCAGUUCUAUUACCUUUUUGGAUUUCUUUUCAUCGUUUGCGUUAUUUUGUACGUUUCGUGUGCACAGAUCUCAAUUGUUGUUGCGUAUUUCUUACUCUGUGCUGAGAAUUAUCAUUGGUGGUGGAAAUCGUUUACGAUCAGUGGUGGUUCGGCCAUUUAUGGUUAG